CUCCUGCCCCAGCCAUGGACAGAAGCAGCUACUCACGGACGGGGCUCCAUGUGAGCGGCUCCAAACACCGGGGCUGCUGGUACUACCUGAAGUAUUUCUUCUUGUUCGUCUCCCUCAUUCAAUUCCUCAUCAUCUUGGGGCUGGUGCUGUUCAUGGUCUAUGGAAAUGCCCAUGCUGGCACAGAGGCUCACCUGGAGGUGACAGAGAAGCGGGCUGACAGCCUGUCAGGGCAGCUGAUGUCCCUGGGCGCCCUCAAUGCCAACCUCUCCAAGGAACUGAACAUCACCACCCGCUCCCGAGAAGCCAUCAUGCAGCUGCUGGUGGGCAGCCGGCGGGACCUGGACCGCAUCAACUCCAGCUACCGCCAAUGCCAAGUGGAGCAGGUUCAGCACAACAAUGAGGUGAGAUACAUGAUCGCCAUUGUGAAGAGUUUAGAACUCUGUCAACAAAAGCUCGAAGAAACCUCGAAGAACUACACAGCCCAGGUCCAAACCCUUGAAGAGAAGGGCAGAGCAGCCCAGGUGCAGCAGGAGGCCCUGAAGAUGAUCUGUAACAAGGACAAGGAGGUCCUGAUGGCAGCCAAGGCGGCGGCUGAGGCCCAGAUCAAAGUCUGCAGUGAGGAGAAGAUGCGGAACUUUGGUGAGCACCAGCUGGUAGUCAGCGAGCUCCAGCGUGAACGAGACCUGUGUGUUGGACUGGACAAGGAGAAGCUUGCCACCAAGCUGGAGCAGAUAUGGAGGGAAUCCCUCCUGUACAAGCCCUUGGAGAGCAUUUCCUUGAUUUACCUGAAUCCGGAGGCUGAGAGAGUGGUCCAUCGCUGCAGGGAACUGCCCAGGAUUAUGUAUGAGAGGUCCGAGAGCCUGGCCAGAGAACUGAAGACAGGCAUUGAGCAGGUGGUACGAGAAAACACUGAGCUGAAGCGUCAGAAGCAGGCCAGUGAGAAGAGCUUGGCGGCCUGCAAAGAGGAGAAGGAGAAGGUUGUUAAGGAGACCCAGGAGAGGCUGCAGAAAAUCCAUGAAGACUGUGUCAAACAAUCUCGGCUAGCCUUGGAAGAGAAGGCCGCCCUGCAGAAGGAGAAGGAGGCCUUGAUCAAGGAAUUAGAGGAGAAGAAGAAGGAGCUGAUCUUGGUCAAGGGGCAGCUGGACAUCAACAAGUCUACCCUGGAAACCUGCAUCAGGACCAAGGCCCAGGGUUCACUAUCCAUCCCUCGACCCCCUGGACCUGUUAACCCAGCUCCCAUCGAUGCUGAAGACCUAGAAAAAUUCAAGAAGAAGCUCUUGGACACUUAUCAGAAGGCUAACAUGCCUUCUGGAAACUCAGCCAGCGGCUGAGGGAGCGUCCACCGUGACACAGUGAUGGCGGCAGCGGGAUCUGAUGACGCAGUCUGGAGAGGAAGCCAUGCUCGACCAACCGUGAUGCCCACCAGAUGUUAUACCCCUGCGCCACACCCCUCUCCCCCAAUACACAUAUAUACUCUGGCACAUAUGAACACUUAGACACACACCCCUCUAGCCAAUCCUCACACUGAGACACUCCCCUCCUUGCACAUCCCUGUCCCCACUCCCAGACAUAUUUGUGCAGAUGCAUACUCAUGUACAAAUGCAUGCACACCCACAGAAACACACAGGCCUUGCAUACAGGCACCCUCAGACCGCAGGAUCCACUCUGGGCCCAUCUGGGGGCUCUGGUCUCUCAUGGAUGGGAGACAAGACCCUGGGCCUGGGAUGAUGGUAGGGGGGAUUCUGUGCGUGCUCAAUAAAUGUGUCCACGGGUGCUAGAUGAGCCCCAGCCGGGGGAGAGGGAAACAUGUACUACAUCUUCUCUUUCCUCCCUGUCCCCCCAGGGUGCCCUGUUUGCUCCUGAUCUCCAGGGGCUCGAGCUCGCUCUUGUCCUAUGGGCUCAGCCCAGUCUCUCUGAGCACUUUUAUCACAUGAUUAAUGUAUCUAAGCAGCUGCUGUCCUCCCUUAUCUUUAUUAUCUGUUAUCUCCAUUAGCUAACACAUCAUAGCUUCACAAGGCCCCAAACUGAGGAAAGAUAAGAGCAGGAAAAGCUUAAUCUCUGGCUCCCAGGGGAAUUCCUAUCCUUCCCCCUCUCCCUAGAGUUUCCCAAAAGCCUCUGGGGCUGGGGGGAGAACGGGGGACAGGGUGUUUUUCUCAGAAAUCAAAGGCAAGGUCUUUGCAGGGCAAAGCCCAGCCCUGGAUCUCCUCUGCCUGGUUCAUGUAGCUUGGCCCAGGAGUGAGCUGGAAAAAGGCCUAGGUGAUGCAGGGUAUUUGGAAUCCAAGAACCUGGAAUUCGAAUUCUGACUCUUCCUGCGUCACCAUGGCCUCACCUCUCUGGACCUCAUCCGAAAAAUGAGGGGCUUAGAAUGGGUGGUUCUGAAGGUCUUGUUCAUUUCUAAGUCCAAUGAUUCUGAUCCUGUGCCCGUACUACCCCGCUAAUAUUAUAUUCUGCCCCAUCCUACCCCUGGCACUGCCCUGUCCUGCCACUGGGGGUCAAGGCCAUUACCCCUACUACCAGAAGCUUAUCCCCCAGCCCUAGUGCUGACCAAGCCUCCUUGGGGAACUCCCGUUCUCGGUGCUGACCUUCCCAGUGCCCUGAACCUAGAAUCCCUAUUGAGCAUUCCCACCAGGGGCUCCAGAUUCUGGGGGGAAGGCCUGGGUGGUGGCGGGUAAAGGGUUCUCUGACUGUCUGUGAAUGCUCAGGUCUGAGCUGGGGAGUGGGAAGACAGAAGGCCCCUCUUUUCCUCAUGCUGUGAUGCUCUGGUUCCAACUGGAAGUCCCUAAUAAAGGAUAAUUCAACCC